GACCUCACAGCCAUUGGAGUGACCAAACCGGGGCACCGGAAGAAAAUCUCAAUGGAAAUCGGCAAACUGAGUAUCCCUGAGUGGCUGCCAGAUUACAUUCCUGCGGACCUGGGGGAGUGGUUGAGUGUGAUAGGACUUCCUCAGUACCAGAAGAGAUUGUGUGACAACGGCUACGACUCCAUCACCAUCGUCAAAGACAUCACCUGGGAGGACCUGCAGGAGAUCGGCAUCACCAAACUAGGUCACCAGAAGAAGCUCAUGCUGGCAGUGAAGAGACUCAGUGACCUGCAGCGCUCUCGUAUCCAGGCUGACCGGGCUGGAGGUGGGACUCUGAGGCGGAAACCCCCCGCCGCCCUGGAACUGGUGGCCAUCGAACACACGCCGACACACAUCAUGCACACUCACCCUGACGCUUCAUCUGAUGACUGCUGCCCCUCCCCUCGCACCCCCAGGACCCUCCUGUCCUUCCAGGACAGCGAGCUGAGUGCCGAGCUGCAGAGCGCCAUGAUGGGCCGGGCGGGAGGUGGAUCUGCAGAGGCGUUCGGCAUCAGGGGUGUGACAUCAGCCGCGGCUAUCUCUGCCAUGUCGGUCAGUCAGGAGAGCAUCAGCGUGCGGUCAAGGGGCUCUGGGAAUUCUGGGAAUUCUGGGAACUCAAAUUCAGGAUAUCCUCAAGACCAUCAAGCUGCACCGUCAGCGCGGACAUGCAGCCGGUCUGAGGAGAGUCUGGGGAGCGGUGUAGGGGAGGAGUCACGGCGUGGAGGGAGCAGUCCUGCUGGGAGAAGUCGACAGAGACCCACUGAGAUGUGGGAGCAGCAGAGCCGAUCUGUUACUCCCAACAAACUCCCCUUCUCCCCCCUGACUCCCCCGCUCACCCCCAGUAAGAUGCCCCGUUUUGCUUACCCAGCGGUCCCACCGAAGGCAAAACACUUCCAGUCCCCCAACCGCCUCUAUCAGCCUCAGCACCACCCGCCCUCCACCUCCUCCUCACCGUCUCCCCAGCCCUCCCCCACACAGAAGAACUUCAGUUACCUCCAAGCCCAGGCAGGAGGUGUCAACGGGGGUCAGUGGGUGCUCCCCAAGCCUCUACCUGGAGCCAUACCUGUGCUGGGACCCCGACCUGGACCAAUCCCUGAUAAUGACACCCAGAGAGGCCCCUACAAGAAGCGUGCACAAAGCCUGACUCGCUACGCUCUGUCUGACGGAGAGCCAGAUGAUGACGACGACCUCGCCCCGACCUGCAACUCUGCUUCCACUGCAGUGAUGCCCUCGUACGCCACUCUGUCACGCAGACCAGGACGGGGACACACGACAGCCUCAGGAGCCCAACGCAACAUCAACCGCAGUCACUCCUUCGCCGUUAGAUCCAGACGCAAAGGCCCCCCGCCUCCGCCACCAAAGAGGAUGAGCUCAGUGAGCAGCAGCCCCGUACGCCAGCCGGGGAAUGGGAAAGUGGGGGAGGAAGAGGUGAAGGGAGGGGUGGAGACAGAGAGCACAGGCAGCGUGAGAAGCAUCGCCGCCCGGCUGGAAGGAAGCAGCAGCAGCAGCAGUCCAUCCAGGAGGAUCGACAUCCCACCAACAAGUAUCCCAGCUUCUCCUGUUUUCAGCCCGGUGUCCUCCCCGAUUCCACAUCCCAUGUCUCCUCACAUCUUCCAGCAGCAAUCCAAACCGGUCCCCGCUUUAGGUGUAGGGGGUCUGAGGAGGACAGGCAGCGAGAGGAUAGAGGGAUCACUCAACGAAAUUGAGAGAGCGAGGAGAAACGAAAGACCGUCAAAAAGCGCUACAGCGUCUCCGAAGCACAUCUCUGUUCAGCACUUCCCUUUCGCUGAAGAAGGAAACGGCACCAUCAAACAAAGACCGAGGUUAACGUCCAUCAACCAGCCAGACCCUGAAGUCCAGACUCCUCCAGAGGGCAAGGUCCAGAUACCCAACAGCCUGGACCUCCCAGAGUUCAACCUGAAAGAGUCUGACACGGUGAAGAGACGACACAAACCCAAAGACUCGUUCUCACCUGAGGAGGCUACGACCCCGACCAUGGAGGACCACCACCACCCGCCAAUCAGGAGCCUCCACACGCACAACAGUGUCAGUCCAAAGAGUGACGAUGAGUCUCAGAGGCCAGGGAGGGUCUUCCAGAGGGUGGGCUCCAUGGGGAAAGGCCCAAAACCACCUCCGGUGUCCUCAAAACCAUCCAGUCCAUUCAGACCCUCCCAGAACAGCAGACCAGUAACCCCGCUGAAAGCAGUCCAAGCCGGUCCUCAAACAGCCAUUCCUAAACUGACCAGCGUUCAGAUUCACACAGUCUCCCCAAAGCUGGGCGGCAGCGUGCACACACACACGAACAUACCAAGUCCAAAACCUGGGAAACUGCCACAAACCCCGGCCCCAAAACCACAGAGUCCACAGAAGGCUUCUGGUCUGUCCACAUCAAGACUCCCUCAGCUCGGGACGGCCUCGGCUUCCACAGCAGGAUUGAACCUCGCCUCGGUCCAGUGUGUCACAUUCCCCGCUCCGUCCUCUCCGGUUCCGGCACAUUCGUACCCCUCCUCUGCAGGGAGAGCAGGGACUCCUCUGAGCGGUGUUGCGGGCCUGGAGGUUCUGGCUCAGAAGAGACUGGAGCAGACGAGUACGUCGCUGGAGGCCGCUCUCAAAGUGGUGGAAAACAGACUGGCACAGGGGGGCAGUGUGGAGGGCGGCGGCGGCGGCGGCACCGUGAAGGCAGCAGGGAACAUUCUGGACGACAUCGGCAGCAUGUUCGACGACCUGGCUGACCAGCUGGACGCCAUGUUGGAAUAACGUUCGCAGACUCACAGGGAUGAAUUCUUUAACUCAGAGAGAAAGAGCCUUACAGGUGGAGUCUGAAAGUUGGCACAGAAGCAGAAGAAAACGUUUGAUGCCGUGAGGACAGAGACGCUGAUUCUGACUCUGGAUGAAUCCAUGCGAUCACAUGUGAGGAGCUCCGGCUCAUCUUCUCCUCGGUGUUACAGAGUUCUUCAUGCAGCACUUCGCCUCAGGACACACACCUGGGAAUGUUAUUGGAGCGACAACAAACAGCUUUCAGAUGUGUGUGUGUGUGAGUGUGUGUGUGUUCAGAAUAUUAUCACUAAAGGGAACGAGGGUCCAUUAAAUUCAUGUUACCUGUAAAUGUAAAGUCAAAGUGUGCGUGUGUGUGUGUGCGCAUGUGUGUGUGUGUGGUCAUAAAUCUUUAUACUGAAUAUAUUUAUAAAGCUUUUGUAACUAAAGGAGUUCCUCUCUGUGUUCUUUGUUGAACCUGGAGAGAUGUUUUAUCUGUCGUAUGAAAGCAGACGUUCCACAUGUGUGUGUAUAGAUUUGAUUUUACAUGUUUGUACCAAAGUUUUUUAUUCUCCUCAGGAGGCUCAAAGAGGACACAUCGUUUCUUUAAAGCAUCACAGGGAGCAGACGAGUUCAGGUUCAGGUGUGAGACGGUUCACCUCUCUCUUUAAAGAUCUGACAGCUCGCCUCAAGGUGCUGUAAGUUAGUGAUUCUGAUUUAUACUUCUGCGUUGAAUCGACGCCAUAAGUUUGUCGACGCGCUUCUACUCCAAAAGGUUACUAUGCGUUAAGUCAAUGCGGACCGUAAGCCCUGUGAUUGGUCCACUUGGCGGCAUUGAAUUUCCCGCAUUUACAGCACUUCCGAGAAUCCCUGCACAUCAGUCAUGUAUUUCAUCUCCUCCGAUGUCUCCUCUCUAUUCUUCCCUGUAAGAGAAGCUGCAAAAAAAGAAACAGAAAACGUAGCAGAACCAGAGACAGGCGACCCGACUAUCAGAGACCACACUGCCCUCUAGUGUUUCAACAGAGUACUGCAGCGCGACACGGACUCCUUGAUGCACAAGUUUAAAGAGACGGGGUAUGAGUUUCCAAGUUACCUUACUGUCACAGAACAUUUCAUGAAAUGAACAUGUUGAUUAUUUUAAACAUGUCAGAGGUUGUGUUUACUGUAAAUAAGAGUUCAGAAGAGUUCAGGUUUCUACAGGUUUCAUAUUUACUGUUCACUUCCUGCAGAGGAUUCACAGAACCACUUCAGUGUUAGUCCUGUCCUCACCUCUGUACUUUCAUUUUGAUUUCUUUCAUUCAAAUUGAAAACCUUUCAAUUUUAAACCUGGGCUGCAGACAUCCUGACAUGUGUCUCAAAUACUGACUGGUACACAUUGUUUCUGUUACCGCCAUGAAACAGACUGUGAUGGCUGCAACUUAAAUAUAUAUA